CACACAUAUUCCCACACACACACACACACACACUGAAUCAUACGGAGUCGUUGCAUGUUGGAGCAAACGAGUGAAGGCUACUCUCCGCUGCUCCCCGGUUACCGAAAAGCGGCGUUUUGGUUUUCGCAGUCUGCGGCGAGGCUCGUCGUGACAGAGUUUGGAGACGGCUGAAGGAGCAGUGAGGAGCGGGGGAGGAAAAGGUGGUGUCCUCCUGUCAGAAACACACACUCCCGCCUGACACAUGGCUGACAGCAGGAGACGGAAGGGAAGAGAGUGACUACGGGACAGACAGAGAUCCAGAAACACUCGCACACAGAGAGAAAGAGGCAAUCAGCCAUCUGUGGUCAGUCCCCUGCUACUCUGCAGCUGUGUUGGAGUCAGCGAGCGGUUCUCAGCGACGUCAGGACUUCAGACACCAGGGAGUGAGAUACAACUCAUGCUCAGAUGAUGAGCCUCGGCUAGGGCAAUGUUAAGGCCUCGCUGGCCUUGGAUUAGGCCCCUGGGGCUGCUUCUUUGGAGGGGUGGCUGAUACCCCAGCUGGAUCUUCCGCUGUCGCCAUCCUCUACAGCUGUCAUUAGUGGCUAAUGAGCUGCUUCUAGAGAGGAAACGGAGAAGGUGCCUGUGGAGAGAGGAGGUUCCUUACAGCUGUUAUUAAGAGGCCCAGAGCUCUCAGACAAGGAAUUCUUCUUUAUUUCUUCCUCUGCAAGAAAGUGGAGCCCUUUUAAAGCUCUUUGGAUUUAAGGAUGAAAGGAUAUAUCGACUGGAUGUUUUUUUUGUAGACAUUUCUCUGUAAGAUGGUAAUUAUGCAGUUGAAAGACUUAUUUUUUUUUUCAGCUUAACUUUUUUUAAACUCUCAACUAAGAGAGAGAUAUAAUCCAUCAAUUAUUUGGUUGCAGUAAUACUGUUUUUGAUUUACACUUGACUUAUUUUGACCUUCCUAUGCCCUGAGGCACCAUGGCAGCAGCCUAUCGUGUGGUAGUGAGCAGUGUGAGCUGCUACAACAGUGUGGUGGUGGACCGGCGCACUCACGCCCACGCCGUGCACUACUGCUCGGGGCCGUGUGGGGCUCUGUCCCAGGGCCUGGACUGCUCUGUCGCUCACCACGGCACGUGUUCGGAGCUGCUUGUCGCGCCUGAUGCUGCGUACACUGACCCAAAUAACUCACUCAUACACUCCCAUAACAUGAUCACCCAACAACUUCCCCACCAUGGUAAAAUGACUGUCACCAUGGAUACUAGUUAUAAUGGUGGUCUAGAGAGGGCGGACAGCAGUGGAAAUUUGUCAUUAGGGGAGGAGAGCCCCACAUGGCGAGGUAAAAAGCCCUCCAGUGGCGGAGGAUCCACUGGGAACCUGAGCUCCUCUAGCAGUCUGAAGGACAUUACGGAAGAGGCCAUCAAUCUGGCCAGUGGUAGAGUUAAAGAGUUUUCUUUUGAUAAGCUCCGCCUCUCUUCCUCCAGUCAUGUCACCUUCCGGAAAGGUCGUAAAGUCCGUCCUGACUCUCUCAGCCGCCGCUCCACCGACCUGGAGAUCAUCUACGGCCACUUCAGCUCAAACGUCACCACAAACGGGACUGUUAACGGCAUGACGAAUGGCUCGGGUACGUCCAACGAUGAGAACCUGCCACCAUUUGUACCAGGGAAGGUAGCAAGCCUGGAGGAGACGAAGCUAAAGGGCAGCACAGCCACCUUGUCGUCCAUCGCCAAAAUGAGUGCUGGAUCAACAGGCAGCCUACCAAGUUUUGUGUCGUUGGACCAAAGUCUGAACACAAUGGCCUCUUUGUACCGCAACACCCUAGGAGAGGAGAACCUGAUUGCCCGUCUGCUGGAGAAAACACGAGCAGAGGCGGGCUCUGGAGCAGGCGGCGAGGACAUCCGUGCCUGCCUUGAUAUCCUUCUCAAAUGUUCUGAAGACUUAAAGAAAUGCACCGACAUCAUCAAGCAGUGCAUCAGACACAAAGGCGGUGAUGGGCCAGAUGAUGGAGAAGCCAGUCCGGACAGUGUAUAUCGGGCCGUGAUGACCCGACUCAGCUCCUAUUUAAAGAGAUUACCUCUGGAGCUGGAGGGAAUAGGACAUUUGGGAGGCAGUGUGCCGGGUACGCCUGGAGGCGGGCACAGUGAUCUUGCUGAGCUGGUCAGCACUCUUCACUCCUUUCAGCAGGGACCGUACUCUCCAAUAUUUGGCAAUGAGCAACCCCCUCGCUAUGAGGAUGUGGUGCUGUCACCGCCCAUCCCAAAGAUCGUUCCUCAUUCUGCUUCCUCCUCAUCCACCUCUUUGUCUUCUUUAAAGUCUGACUCCAUCCAUACGAAACCAAUCCAAAGUUCCCCGUCCAGAGCCACUCCACUUACCAAUGGACUACAACAUCCACACCCUCCUUCUAUCACACAACACACGCUCUCUCCACCAUCUAUCACAUGUUCUCCAGCCAGCUACUCACCAACACGCUCUCCCUCUCCUCUUCGUACCUCGCCCACCCCACCGUACACACACACUCCAUCAGUUUCCCCCAUGGAGGCUCUUUAUAUUGAGGAGGAAGAAGCAGAUGGGGCAAAGACACCAGAACAAUUUCCAAAUCAGACACACGCUCCAACCAGAGGUGUGAAUGCUAUGCAGAACAACAAUGGGAUGACAUUGGGUCAACACAUGCAAAUGUCCCAUCCACAAACUUUCCAUAACUCUCCAAAUACUUUAUCGGCCAGCACUGGCUACAGCCCCGCUUGGCCUUCCUCUGCCUCAGUCCCAGCAGUCUCACACAGGAAUGAUGACAUUGACAAGCUGCUGAUGGACUUGGAGAAUCUGUCUCAGAGUAUGAGCCACCCCAGAAACACUGAGCCACCACUUCCAGCCAAAACCAGGAAGAGAGAAGUAGGCAAGGCUAUCACUUCCGUUGAUGCCCUCACUAAGUCUAAAAUGGCCCAGUUCGAAGCCCAAAAACCAGCCAGCCACUUAGCGAUGAAUGGCCCUACCUCCAGGACUGCCCAGAGCCCCAGUCCCCCUCAGGGAGAUAACAGUGUAGCUGUGGUGGGAGAGGAGGAGGAUGGGGCACUGCUGCUGAGGAUCCUGGAGAGCAUUGAGAGUUUUGCCCAGGAGCUGGUGGAUUCUGGGGCGGGGAGCACAGGGAGCGCUGAGAGGAAAAGUGGGAAGGAGCGGGAGGUGAUGAGGCUCCUGCAGGAUACAAUGGCCACCACUGGCAGGGCUGAUACUCCUGUGGAGAGCACAAGCCCAACACCUGCUCCCAUUGCUCCAUACAUGCACACACAUGCACCUACAAAAAUACCAGCUAUACCGCCCAAACUCUCCCUAGCAAAUGCACCUGCAGUUUCACCGAAACCUCUAAUUUCUGUGUCUGAAGUUGCGUGCAAUGCUCCAUCCGAACCCGUCCCUAAACCUAUACCUGAAGCUGCCCCAAAACCUCUGCCUGCCCCCAUACCUGAGUCUAUAACUGAGUCUACAGAUACAGUUACAGAAGCCUCUACAGGAGCAGCUGAUCCAACAUCCCUCCCUGUAACGUCUGCAUCUGCAAGCUUGCAUUCCUCAGCUGAACCCUCGCCUGUGGCAGCACCUGAAGCUCCAGCUGCUGUUAGCAUCCCCAUUGCAGUAGCCUCAAGAGAUGCUGAUGUUGCUGUUGUUGACGCUGCUGCUGUGAGAGACACCGGGUCGACCCUCCUCAUCCAGCAGACUCCAGAAGUGAUCAGAGUCCAGGCCAAACCGGAGAAGAAGCCAGGCACACCUCCACCGGCUCCGGCCCUGGCCCCGACCACACCGACCCCCCCACCGCGCUCACCCAGCCCCCCCCCGGCUCUGGUGAUCGUCACCCCCCCGCCGCCCCCUGCCAUCAACAUUCCCAGGUUCUACUACCCCCGGGGGCUCCCUGCCAUGGGCCCGGCCCCCGGCCACGACGCCGCCAUCGCUGCCAUCGAGGCGGCCUACACUGAGUUCGAGGAGGAGAAGGCGGACAUAUAUGAGAUGGGCAAGAUCGCAAAGGCAUGCGGGUGUCCACUCUACUGGAAGGGCCCCAUGUUCUACACAGCAGGCGGUGAGAGGACGGGCUUCGUCUCUGUUCACUCCUUCAUUGCAACCUGGAGGAAGUUGUUGCACAGUUGCCACGACGAUGCGUCAAAGUUUAUCUCGCUUCUAGCCAAACCCAGCUGUAACUACCUGGAGCAGGAGGACUUCAUCCCUCUGAUGCAGGACAUAGUGGACACGCAUCCUGGACUCACCUUUCUGAAAGAUGCGCCUGAAUUCCAUUCCCGCUACAUAACAACGGUGAUCCAGCGGAUAUUCUACGUGGUGAACCGUUCGUGGACGGGUCGUAUGACCAUGAUGGAGCUGCGCAGGAGUAACUUCCUGCAGACCUUGGCCCUGCUGGAGGAGGAGGACGACAUCAACCAGAUCACAGACUACUUCUCCUACGAACACUUCUACGUUAUCUACUGCAAGUUCUGGGAGCUGGACACUGACCAUGACCUCUACAUCGACCCCAAAGACCUGGCCAGAUACAAUGAACACACAUCCUCAAACAGAAUCAUUGAAAGAUUGUUUUCGGGGGCAGUUACUCGGGGUAACGCUGUGCAGAGGGAAGGCAGGAUGAGCUACGCCGAGUUCGUCUGGUUCCUCAUGUCGGAAGAAGACAAAAAAAAUCCCACCAGUAUAGAGUACUGGUACCGCUGCAUGGAUGUGGAUGGCGAUGGUGUUCUGUCCAUGUUUGAGUUGGAGUAUUUCUAUGAGGAACAGUGUGAGAGGAUGGAGAGGAUGGGCAUCGAACCGCUGCCCUUCCAGGAUUUACUGUGCCAGAUGCUCGACCUGGUCAAACCUGAGAGUUCAGGUAAGAUAACCCUUGGUGACUUGAAGCGCUGUCGGAUGGCCCACAUAUUCUUCGACACCUUCUUCAACCUGGAGAAAUACCUGGACCACGAACAAAGAGACCCAUUUGCUGUGCAAAAGGACAUUGAUAGUGAAGGUCCAGAGCCAUCGGAUUGGGAUAAGUAUGCCUCAGAGGAGUAUGAGAUCCUGGUGGCAGAGGAGAAUGCAAACGAGCAGCUUCACGAAGGGUCUUUUGAUGAUGACUAUGAGUCAGAGGAGCUUCAAGUCUCAGGAGAGAUUGGGAAUAAAAUGGAAAAACUGGUCAUUUCAGACCUGUCAGCAUAAAACUCUUCCCUGGAUUCCUGGGUAUUUUUCCUGGAAGAAAAUGGAUUGAAGGUCCCUUCAGAAUGGAGCACCAAAAGAUGCAUGGACGUAAAGACAGAGAGAAACAUCUGUCUCUCGAUGACUCUGGAGCCUCCUCAGAGCGGACUCAUCGUUUUUCGUGUGUUUGUGUGUGACCGUAAACCAGUACUGUUCUGUGUCUGGUGCAAUAUCACUUCUGUAUUUAUACAGAGAACUGUUUCACUGCCUCGUGCUCUUUGAUCCGUCCGAGAGAACAAAGCGAAAGAUGGUGGGGAGAAAUGUACUAUAAGCUCUUAAAGUAAUCAAGACAAAUAAUCUCUGUGUACUUAUAAUGUAAAUGUGAAUUUUUAUACAGACAAUCCUGCCAAAAGACAAUCAUCUGAAGGUAGACAGACAGAGACCUAGAGUUACACAAACAGUGUCCUAGUUGGAUGAAUAUGGAGACAUAAAUGGACAAUUAUAGUGAUAGGAACUGAAAAAGAGCAGUCAUCUGCUCAAUAAUGACACAUCCAGACAGACCCUGCCAUCAGAAACCCUUCAGGGAGGAAUCAUGUAACAGUAUUGCUGAUUGUAACAGCACCUCUCUGUGGCCAGUCUGUGUCACUGCAGGACAUCACAGUCACUCGGUGCAUAAUGGCUGGCCAACUUUUCCAAGAGAGGGAGUUCAGUUUACUGCACAGCCUGAGCUGCUCUAUUAUUAGCACUAUCAGCGCUCCACCUCUGGACUCCCUUUUGCAAUUAUUUUUAAACCCUAGAAAAAAAGUGUCUGACCACAGUCAGGCCACAGUGAGACAUAUGCACAUAAAAUGAUGCGUGUUGACAAACAUAUCAAACUCUCUGGUAGAGUUUCCCACACAUUUCCACCUGUAACAUUUGCAAUAAUGCAAUAGAUACGCAUAGGAAAUGUGAGCUGUUCCUGUCAGUCUCAUGCAAUUAUUCAGCACACAGUGUUUUUCUCCCUUCCUUGUUGAUUAUGUACAGUACCUGGUAAUUGCUUUGAUCUGUUUCUGAAAUUGAUGCCAACAUUUGUAUUUGUUCCGCUUAAACAUCUCUUUGUCAUGAAACGUUUGAUAAUGAAACUUUUUUUACACACCACUGCCUUUUUAAAGUGACACAUCCCCCAAAUAAUGGCUAUUCUCACACCUUAGGUAUUAUCUAGCCUGCAGAUAGUUUUGGUUUGAUUUGCAAAAGUGUUAGGAAGCUUUGCGAUUUCACCUCAACCAUAUCACAGUGCAAAUAAGGGGAAUUUAUUUAUAUUUAUUUACUUCAUUUUUCUAGGUCCAACAGCAUAAUUUUUAAAUUGUUAUUGUAUUUGCAGAAAUCUCAGAGGUGGAUACAUUACAAUUCAAUCAAAUCAGAACUGUUCACAUACAUAGAUAUACUUAGUUAAAUGUAGCUUUUUAAUUUGAAUAAAACGACCCUUUACCUCCAGCACUCCCAGAGACAGCUGCAUGUGAACACUGCCCUUACUGUAAUAGCUAGCAGUGUGCUCAGAAAUCGUGAUACAGGGGUGUGUUUUAGGAGCGUGUGAUGUGUAGCUCUCAGUUUCGGGCUGAUAAUACGUCAUAGUUGUUGCCAUUGGAUGUGGUUCCCAAGGUCAGAGUGUGUGUGCACGCUAGUAUAACUCUUUAAUUAGGAAAGGGACAGCUUUUGUCCCCAAAUUCACUGCCAUAUACCUCCUUCACAGACAUUUACUGUACACACACACACACACACACACACACACACACACACACACACACACACUUUAGUUGCUAUAGUAAGGGAGAUCGCUAGUGGAUGCUGUAAGGCCUUAAGGACCUUAAGUUGACCCUAUAUGCUCUAUUGCCAUUGUAAAUGUGCCUGACUGUGUAUUAAAUAUAUUAUUAUAAUAAUAACUAAUGAUAAGCCAUUAUAGAUAUAACGGCUGCGAUUUGUUGUUGUAUUUUGAUGGUUUGUAUUGCUGUGCCACUGUGUGGCUCGGGAUAAGGGGGGUAAAUUAUGAUGGAUGUAUGUAUGUUUGUGUGUUCGAUGCACGGUGGAUAUCAUCAGAAGAAAAUGAGGAUCUGACAAUCACAACAUAUGAGAAACAUCUCAUGUGGAGACCUCUGGGACUGAUGCUUUUUCUCGCUGUGGCGACACACACACACUCACACACUCCCAGGGAGACCAGCUGAUGGAGACAGUGUUUGAGAAGAACUGUUGAAGGCAUUGGGACUCAGAUUGUGUCCUGAUGCAGCAUCAAGCCGGGAGAAAAGCCAUGCAAAACUUUUACUUUGAAAUGAAAUCUCUACUUUGAUAUGUAGACGGAAGACUUUUAUUUUGAUGUACUUCCUCUGUGCAGAGGAGACUUGAGUAGACGUGUUCAAAUACUGAUGAUUAUUGUAUUGGCAUGGCUUUCUUUCUUUCUCUUUUUCUUUCUUUCUUUCCUUUUGUUCUUUUUCCUUACCAACGCCCUUCUCUUAUUUCCCUUUUCUUUGCCCUGCGCUUUCAUUUGUUGCUUUUUUUGAAGUUUAAAAGUUUAAAUAAAAAUAUGUUUCAAGAAUAA